CUUUUCCCCAGAAAUGCCCCAAUACUAUUGUCACAAUUGUCGUGCCUCGUUUGACAUUGACGAGUCUGCACAAAUUGCAUGUACCAGAUGUCAUGGAGAAUUCGUUGAGAUUGUCAAUCGACCAGCUAUGAUGGCAGCUGCGAUGCCCCAAGGAUUCGGACAAAUGGCAUUCGGACACAUUGCUGAUCUUCUUCGUACUGGAAUUGCUGCAGAAAUUCGUGGAGCUCAACAGCAACACGCUGCUCCACAACAACAGCAACCACAGGGAGCACCACAAGAACCAGAAACUCCACAAGCUGAGCAACCACAACCACGUGCUGCUGCUGGUGGUAGAGAACAACAGCAUACACUUGAAGAAUUUAUUAGAAACAUGUUCAGACCAGAUCCACGUGGAGCCGCCGAAGAAGCCGCCAGUGCUCAGCAGCAGCAGCAGCAACCACAUCCAAAUGUGACAUUCUCAUUCCAAAUGCCCGGUGGAAUUGGUGUUCAGAUUCAUGCACAUACUGCCGGAGGUGGUGGUGGUAACAAUCCAGAUGGAAUGCCAUUUGGGAUGGAAAUUGGGGAACGUGCUGAUUUGGAGUCUGCAAUGCAGGAGAUUCUGGCUCAAUUUCAGGCUGCGGGUGGUGAAGGUGGACAACGUCAAGGUGGAUUCACAGAAGCUGAAGUGAAAGAGUAUCUUCCAAUGAAAAAAGUGACACAGGAGCAUAUUGAUAAUGGAGCACAGUGUACUACGUGUUUUGAUACAUUCAAGUUGGAUGAGGAUGUUGGUGCACUCGACUGUAAUCACAUUUUCCAUCGUCCGUGCAUUGAGCCGUGGCUUAAGACUAAGAAUUCGUGUCCGGUGUGCCGUCAGAAGGUUAAUAUGAAAGAAUGGAAAAAGAAUCAUCUGAAAAAGCUCCAGGAAGCUGAUCUCGAUUCGCUCGACUAGAAGCAGUGAUCACAUCUGCAAACGUGUAAAUUUCUUUCUACUUGUGUACAUUUUCUUCUUCUCCUCUGUUAGCUUUUUUAUGUCUACCUAAAUCAAAACGAACACCAUCUUUCCGUUGUGCGUCUUCUCCAGUCUUGAUUCCAUAAUGUUUUGACCAUUCAUUAAAUACCCAAUUUUUCAUUCAUAAGCGUUAAAUAGAAAUGCUUAAGAAGAAAUAAAUAGUUUUAAAUAAA